GAAGAUCGAGAUGACAGUUUGACUGAUAUGAUAAGCUGGAGCGGCGAGCUGGUAUUCCUGCACAUAUCUUGGCUCGGAGAUGCUACUGAUUUUGAGUCGAGCGAGGUAUGGUCGCCUUUUAGCUACUGAAGUGGCAGCGGGGUUGACAUCAAAAAAAGUCGAUGCAUAUCCACACUCUAGAUUUUUACACACAUCCCCGCCGCUGAGCACUUUCUGGGAACGGGAUAAGAAAAGUGGCUACAAAACUGAACUCCCGCUUCCAUCGAAAAAGCAGCUGAUUUUGGAUGGCUUUAAGGAACUGAAAAGCGAAAUAGCCUUGUGGAGGGAAGAAAUGAAAGAGAAACUAGCAACGGAUCCACUCUUACUUUACCGUCCCGGUGAGGUGGACGUUGCGUUUUCAUUUAAAAAUGACAAAGACUUGGAAAAAUGGACGACAACUACUGACAAAGAUCACAAUGAGGGCUUUAGUGAAGCAACUCUGGAAAUAAGCCCUGCGGGUCAUGGGCUAUUUCAUGGUCACGUAGAUUCCCGCUUGCUGAAAGAUGGUAAAAUAAAGAAAAGUGGCUAUGCUAAUAUUCGAACAAAACGAGUCCGGAAAUCAUUCAAACGUGAAACAACAUAUGACUGGGAGCCAUAUAAUAGUUUGGUAUUACGAGUGCGGGGCGAUGGCCGAUCUUAUUUACUAAAUAUUCACUGUGAAGGUUAUUUCGAUCUUCUUUGGAACGACGUUUAUCAUUACGUAUUGUAUACUAGGGGCGGCCCUCAUUGGCAAGUGGCGAAAAUACCAUUUUCGAAAUUCUUCUUUGCUUCGAAGGGGCGGGUGCAGGACCGCCAAACCCCAAUUAAAUUAAAUCGAGUUACACAUUUUGGUAUUUCAGUUGGUGCCAGGGGUGGACAUGAUGGUCCCUUCAGUUUAGAGGUUGAUUAUAUUGGCUUAGAAUUUGAUCCGAAGCACCGAGAAGAGUUUGCCUAUGAAAUGUAUCAAAUGCCAAAAUACAUGGUUGCGACAUAAUGUAAACAUGUGAAAAUAGUUGAAUUGUUUUUGUUAUUAAUAAAGAUACGAUCAUCAAUGUUCAUUUUCACAACAAA